AUGUACAAAAAUCAAUAUUGCACGGACCCUAGAACUAUGAAGAAGCAUGCUGCGUACACAGAAUGGGCUGACGCAUAUUCUUGCACGAGGCACAGGUGCCAACCUGGUGGACGAAACUUGGCUAUCUACACUGUAGGAUGCAAGCGCGUGGAACCACCGGAAUCCGCCAUCGAAUGCGAAGAAGUUGUAGAAGAUACUAAUAUGCAAUUCCCGUACUGCUGCACGCGUCUUAGAUGUUUGGUGGUGGUACGAGGAGAAGUUUGGACCCGCGUGUUAGGUCAACCUUGGGAGACACUUCCUGCGGCGCCAUGGAGUCACAUGUACAAGAUGAAGAAACCCCCACCCACUGACAGCAGUUUUAUUCCAAAGAUCGGUGAGGGUCCCAUAUAUGAGCUAGCCGCUGAGUCAGAUGAUAGCGGCAAGAAAGUGUUCAGGGCGUCAAAUAGGGUGACCACUGUCAACCCUGACUGUAAAGACGUGGUACCGAGGGCGAACCAGGCACCGGACAUACUCAUUGCACUGAACAAGAAUGAAAUAGAAUCCAAAAAGACAUCAGAAUUAAUAAGAAAAAAACGAGUAAGGAAAACCAAUUCACCUUCAUUUCCAAGACAGAACGUUGAUGAAGAAGUACAGGAAAUACAUAAUGAUGCAGAAUUUGAAGAAACUCCUACUACCGAAAAACCUCCAGAUGGAUCAGACGAAAAGUAUUUUGCAAAUGCUUUUGGAGUAACACCAAAAAUACUAUCGAAGGCGGGUAAAUCACAUCAAAUUACCUGGACUCAAAUUCCAGCCAGCCAGUGGAACGAACAUGAUCCAUCUAUGGAUGCUGAAGCACCGAGGGAACCAAACAUCUAUCACCAGAACGAAUUCCAAACAGAUGGGGAGAAAAAGGAAGAGAAACCUUCAAAUCUUCAAGCGUUAGUUGAUGCAAUCGGAAGCAGGAUGCGUGACAUUGAGAAUGUGGUACAGAAGAUGAGCAAGAAAGUCAAACACGCAAAGCCCGAUCAAUCGGAGUUUGGUAGCAGCGCAGCCAGUAUAGAAAAAAGAUCUGACGGUGAACGGCGAUCACAUAAUCAUUUAAUCAUAGAACCCAAAGAGCGUGAAAAUGAAAUAAUCGUUUCUAAGCCAAAAUAUUCCAGUCCAGACGAUGAAAAUCACAAACGAGGCAGUAAGCGUCAACGCGCCACAACAGAAGCCACCAGUGAGCAACCCCUUUUUGUAGACGACUCUAACAUAAAUGGAUACUUCAGCGACGUCAGUAACAGUGUUCUUAGAAGGGCCGAUGAACCGAAAGAACCUGUCGCGACGUACAUGGCACCGGUAGAUACCCAACCUAAAACACCUGCUCACACAUUGAUAGAAAACUCCGAGGAGGAAGAAAAGACAAAGAAAAAGAAGCGCAUGCAUAAGAAGAAAAAAGAUUGCACGGACCCCAGAACUAUGAUGAAGCAUGCUGCGUACACAGAAUGGGCUGACGCAUAUUCUUGCACGAGGCACAGGUGCCAACCUGCUGGACGAAACUUCGCUGUCUACACUGUAGGAUGCAAGCGCGUGGAACCACCGGAAUCCGCCAUCGAAUGCGAAGAAGUUGUAGAAGAUACUAAUAUGCAAUUCCCGCACUGCUGCACGCGUCUCAGAUGUUUGGUGGUGGAACGAGGAGAGGUUUGGACCCGCGUGAUAGGUCAACCUUGGGAGACACUUCCUGCGACGCCAUGGAGUCACAUGUACAAGAUGAAGAAACCCCCGCCCACUACUCGUAACAGCAGUUUUCUUACAAAGAUCGGUGAGGGUCCCAUAUAUGAGCUAGCCGCGGAGUCAGAUGAUAGCGGCAAGAAAGUGUUCAGGGCGUCAAAUAAGGUGACCACUGUCAACUCGGACUGUAAAGACGUGGUACCGAGGGCGUACCAGGCAUCGGACAUAGUCAUUGCACUGUCUACGGACAAGCAUGAAAAACAAUCCAAAAGAAAAUUAGAAAGAAUAAGAAAAAAACCAUUGAGGAAAGCCAAUUCACCUUCUUUUCCUAGAGCUGACGUAGAGGAAGAAGUUCAAGAAAUACGUAAUGAUGCAGAGUUUGAAGAACCUCUCACUUAUACUGAAAAAGAACCAAACGUCAGACACCAGAACGAAUUCCAAUUAGAUGUGGAGAAGAAAGAAGAGAACCCUUCAAAUAUCCAAGAGUUAUUUGAUGCAAUCGGAAGAAAGAUGCGUCACAUCGAGAAUGUGGUACAGAGUAUAAUUAAAAAAAUCCAACACGCAAAGCCCGAAAAACCCGAGUUUGGUAGCAGCGUAGCCAGUAUAGAAAAAAGAGGCAGUAAGCGUCAACGCGGCACAACAGAAGCCACCAGUGAGCAACCCCUCUUUGUAGACGACUCCAACAUAAAUGGAUACCUUAGUGACGUCACUAACACUAUUCUCAGAAGGGCCGAUGAACCGAAAGAACCUGACGCGACAUACAUGCCACUAGUAGAGACCCAACCUAAAACACCUGUUCACACAAUCGUAGAAAACUCUGAGGAAGAAGAAAAAACAAAGAAAAAGAAGCGCAUGCAUAAGAAGAAAAAAGGUCAUAAGAAGCAUCACGGAAAGUUAGAAAAUAAAAAAAAUCAGUGGCGUUAA